AUGGAAGCAGUGGGCAUCUCCACCGAUGAUGUUUGGACUCUUUGCAUGCUCCUGGAUGCUGACAAGAACGGUACUAUAGAUUUGGAUGAGUUUGUCGCAGGAUGCAUGCAACUUCAUGGGCCGGCCAAGAGCUUGCAGAUUGCAAAAAUGAGCUUUGAGAACAAGCUGACACGACAAGCCAUCCGGAACCUGGGCCAGGAAACCCUGGACAUCAAGACGCAACUUGAGACCAUUUCCAAAUUCUUCUCCAGUGCCUCCCCGGUGGACCUCGCUGAAGAUCCGCUUGAAGGUGGUGCCGUCUUUGUUCCUGUCCACCCUCCAUCCUCUGAAGGGAUCCGCUGCAGAUCUGGAGAAGACCUCUCGAUACGACAAUACGAGCCCUCCAAGAAUUGCUUCUUUGGGACGGGCCUGGUGCUUUUCGGAAGCUUGGUAGGGCAUUCCCUCCGACUGAACACCAGAGACCCCGGCGUCAUCGUGGUUCUGACUUUACCGGAACGUGAGGAUUUGCGAGCCUUGAGCGUUCAGGUGGCCGAGUUUCGUUUGCAUGUGGAGAAUCAGCUCGCAGAAGUGGUGAGGCUUUUGGAAAAUUCCAAGCUCAAGGACAGUGCUGCAUCCGCGCAGAUGUCCCAGACCCCCAGUUCCAGCAGAUGCGGAGCGUUCAGGUCUGAGCCACCGGUGAGUGCUGGAGGCUCCUUCCGCAACAGCCUGUUGAUGCCCGGGCGCAAGACGAUUCGUCGACGUCAGACAGGCUCGGAUCCGCCGAUGGAUUCCAUCGAGGAAGCCGAGGAAGAGGUGCUUCUCCAAAGGCGGAGUAUCGGCGCAUGCCAUGCGGUUCGGUUCAACGUUCGGAUCUCCGGGAGUGGAGGUGAGAAGACGAAGACCCGGAAGACCGAGCUGCUGGGCCCGAACGGGGCGCAGCAGAGUUCGGUCCAGCUGGCCUGGUGGGUGGGCUCUCGGCACUCCUUCGUGCGCAAGAGCACCGUGGCUCACCGGCAGCGCGCACAAAGUGCCUGGGUCGAAGGUCAAGCACAGAAGCUUCGGAGCGUUCGCGUGAGCAUGCACCUGAUGCCGCAGCCAUCCAUGGAGCGGGGGUGGUCCGAAGGUGAUGGAAGGGAGAACCCAUGCGGUUUAGAGCCCCGGCAGCGGUCGUUGAAGUACUAUGCAAACAAGAUCGUGUCCUCCGGCGCCUUCGCGUAUACCAUCACCUUCUUUAUUCUUCUAAACGCCCCGUCCCGGAAUGGCGCCGACGUAGCUCGCCCGUGUCACGAGGUGAUUUUGUUGGGAAUCGAAGUGGACUAUUCCGCUUCGGUGGGACAGUUCGAUAUCCCGGAUUGGUGCUGGGACUUUUGGUUCGGCGAGGACGGAUGCCCGUUGAACGGGACCAAAGCGGGAUGCCACCUGGAACUUCUUCGAGUUCCUGAUCAUCAUCGUCUCCGUGGUGGACCCGAGCUCGAUCGUGUGGUCUUUUCCUCGGUCACGUCGGGUGAGGACGUGGCCUUGGACUUCGUCACCACGGCCCACCGGUGUUCGCAAGGGCCGGGAGAACGGGGGGCGGCCAAAGCUGGUUUACCAAGCAACGCGAUCUCGUCGAAUCUUAACACCGGGCAACUCCGCCUGGUGCGCUCCAUACGCUUGGCGCGCGCCUUGCGCUCCAUGCGGGUGAUGCGGCUCUUCCGGUACGUGAGCGCCUUGCGAACGCUGGUCUUGUCGAUCAUCAGUGAACCGAUUCUGAAGAUGUAUUGGUCGGAGGUUCCUGAGAGCUCCUUGCCUUGGAGACUGGCUGAGGCCAUCACUGGCGGUGUGAGUUGGGACGAUGCGGUUUGGCCACUGCGAGAUGUGUCCAUGUUGGCAUUGGCGUUGGUGAUUUUCUACGUGGUGAUUGCAGUCUUCGCUGUGCUCAAUGACACUUGGCCUAAAGCUGAUGCAGCCCGUUGCAGCUCUGCGCACGAAGUUGCCUCUGGCAGCCCGGAUGACAUCAGCGGGUCACGCGAGCGACUGGAUGUGUCGUGCAGAGGCCCUUUUGUCAGGAGGAACUUCUGA